GAGCGAAGACAUCGUCUUUUCAUCUCUUUCUGCGUCAUCACCAUGUAAAAAUUGGGUCGAAUCACCUAGACAAUCGGGCGAUUUUCAUGGUAGCAAUUGCUAGCUGUGGCCGAGUCUGGAGCGGUUUCUUAACAAGAACUUUUAAUGAACGGGUGAUAAAAGUUCGCAUUUAUCUCACUAAAUAUUAUAUUCUAAUCGAUUAAAUCUACCUUUUAUUGAAGAUGUCAGAUGAAGCAGUCCAAUCAACAAACGACGAUGCUUCGAUGUGCAAACGAUUUGCAGUGCAGCAAGGGUACUGGAAAGAUCCCUACAUCCAGCUUCUAGUAAAGAGUGGUCAGAGAAGAGCUCCAGAGAUCAACAGAGGUUACUAUGCCAGGACCCAAGGCAUGCACACCCUCCUGGCCCAGUUCCUACAGCUUAACAAGAAGGCAUGUCAGGUCAUCAAUCUGGGGGCUGGAUUCGACUCACUCUUCUGGAGACUAAAGGAUGAAGACUUGCUCCCUGAUCUCUACAUUGAGGUGGACUUUCGAGCGGUGACGAGCAGGAAAUGUCAGAACGUGAGAAUACGCCCCAAACUAACACAGGGUGUCCAAGAAACCUGUGAAGGCCAGAGUGUUGUCAUUGAGGAUGCCGAGCUUCAUUCACCGAAAUAUCACAUUUUGUGGGGAGAUUUAAGAAAUGUGGAGGAGCUUGAAAAGAAACUCAGCAAAGUAGCUGGUAUUGAUUUCAGCAAGCCUACUUUCUUCAUGGCCGAGUGUGUCCUAGUGUACCUCCACCAUGAUAAAUCCGACCCUCUUCUGCGAUGGAUCAACACUAAGUUCCCUGUGGCCUACUUUGCCAACUACGAGCAGGUGAACAUGGCUGAUAAGUUUGGUAUAGUGAUGGCUGACAACCUCAAGACGAGGGGAUGCACGCUAGAAGGAAUCGCCCCUUGUAAAGACCUUGACACACAGAAAAAUCGCUUCACCUCUGCUGGCUGGCAAGGAGCUGAUGCAGUAGACAUGCAGACCGUCUACGCCAGUCUGCCUCGCAAUGAUGUCUACCGCAUAGAGAGAUUGGAGUUCUUGGACGAGAUGGAGCUGCUGGAUCAACUCCUCAAACACUACUGCAUAUGUUGGGCUUGGAAUGAUCAUGGCAAUAUAGGGCUAUCGUCCAUCAAGUUUGGCGGCUGAGAUUCUUUGAGAUUUGAUGAUUCCAUCCAGUCAGAGCAGCCGCUACGAGGCUCAAGAAAAGAUGAAUCUCCUCCGAGAUGAGGCCUGUUGUCAUGGUGACUAACCUUACCCCAAGGAGUGAGGGCAAGGAGCAGUUUCAUCAGCACACAAACUUUGGAGCUGUGCAGGUUUCUAUGACAGUGUUGACUAUCUAAAGUUCAUGCAUUGCUGUUGAGUUUUUGAUUUACAGAGGUCAAUUGGGUUUCCUUGAACAGGUCUUGAAAAGCUUACAGAAAAUAACCCUAUGGAUAUUUAUCAGUGUUACAUACAGAGAAGCACUUUAUGGGAUGUUGCAAACAGUACUUUCAAUUGAUUUUUACAAGUCUUUCUGUUAUGGCAUAGUUUGAAAUGAUUUUUCAACUAACCCUGGUAGUUGAUCGAAGCGACACCCUUGCACCUUUGAUCGGUAUCAGCAAAAUGUAUCGGUUCAAAAUGAUUUUUAUUUAUUUUAUUUUUUUACUGCUGUACUUGAAAUUUUGAGCACUCUAUUACCUUAAUUUACUCAUACCUUGGAUAAUUCUCUCAAAUUAAGUUGUUGUAGUUCAUGUUUAAAACUAUUUUCAUGCCGUUAAAUGUCAACAAUUUAAAAAAAU